AUGCCAACUCCUCCGCUUCUGAAGGGCUUGGGGCCCGUUCUAGAGGAGUUCACGCUCGAAUCGAUCCAAGCCGACCCGAGCACGUCCACUCUUAAGAAGGAUUUCACGGCUCUCACGUCGUACAAUCUACUACCCAAAAAGGAUAAGACGAUAAUCGUUCCUGGGGCGCCUCCAGUGUUAAGACCGCCUACAGCACCUCUUAAGAUCAAACCGGACUCCGGAAGAUAUCUCUUGGACCCUAGUGGGCAUGUCUUUCCCAAAUGCCCGCUUGAGCCACUUUUCAGAGCUCUUCUUAUAAGUUGUCCUCGGCUUAAUAUGCGCGAUGUGGACCUCGUGACCGACAGACGAAAUCUUCGUCUUCUCCUGGGUUUUGCGGGCAGAAAGAAGGCGCCGUUUCGGAUUGACAUCGAAACGGUGGAAUCGACAGUCCUCCUUUCCACGUGGACCCCGAAUAAAGUCAGCUUCGUCAACGGGUUCCAGGGGUUUGGACAUGAAUUUGAAAAGGCUGCAACAGUGAAGCCUGAUUUCACCCGCGGAAGUAUCGCAUACCAUGGGGUUGUCCGAUAUACGCUGGGCCCGAUGAGGAUUAUCAUGCGGUUCGAAGCAGACGCGUGCACACAACCACCGUCUGGUUUGUUAUCGAAUACUCGGGCUCGUCCGCCAACGCGUACGCCAACCGAAUUUACGGUGUUGAAUAAAGGGAAGCCAUUGUCUCCAUCACGGAUUGUGGAGAUAAAGACGGGGCCCGCUGGUAAACAACUCGACAGCGGGACGACUCUGUCCCAAAUGUGGUUCUCAGACACGGGGAUCCUGUGCACAGGGAAUUACAAGGGCCAGGGAAUAUUUCCCCUGCCUAGUGUGACUAAUGUUAAACGGAGAGGGAAGUUGCGUCGUUGGGAGGAGGCAAAUACAGACCAGAUUAGGCUCCUUAUUGGGCUCCUCGAGACGCUGGUGAGGCAUCUUAGAGAUUCACCUCACAAGAAGGUUGCCGUCAUUCACGAUGGUUCUGGCUUCCUAAAACUACAUGCUCUCAAAAACCCCGAUAAUAAAGGUAUACCGAGUGACCUCCUCAGUAUGUGGAGGGGGCCUUGA